GAGCGGAGCCGGCAGGGAGUGAACCCGGACCAGGGCAGGGGACGCCUGUCGGGGGAGAAGCACAGGGGCGGGGCAGGGGUCAGCUGGAGGGACCCAAGUAGCCAGCGCCCCCAGGAGGCCCCGGGAGACGGGAGGGGACUUUGAGGACCCCGGCGGCCGGAGUCCCCGUGCCAGCGCCAUGAGGCCGCUCGUCGCCCUGCUGCUCCUGGGCCUGGCGGCCGGCUCGCCCCCGCUGGACGACAACAAGAUCCCCAGCCUGUGCCCGGGGCACCCCGGCCUUCCCGGCACGCCGGGCCACCACGGCAGCCAGGGCCUGCCCGGCCGCGACGGCCGCGACGGCCGCGACGGCGCGCCCGGGGCUCCGGGAGAGAAAGGCGAGGGCGGGAGUCCGGGACUGCCGGGGCCCCGAGGGGAGCCCGGGCCGCGAGGAGAGGCGGGACCCGUGGGAGCCACCGGGCCUGCGGGCGAGUGCUCUGUGCCUCCGCGCUCCGCCUUCAGCGCCAAGCGCUCCGAGAGCCGGGUGCCUCCGCCGUCGGACGCGCCCCUACCCUUCGACCGCGUGCUGGUGAACGAGCAGGGACAUUACGACGCCACCACCGGCAAGUUCACCUGCCAGGUGCCCGGGGUCUACUACUUCGCGGUCCAUGCCACUGUCUACCGGGCUAGCCUGCAGUUCGAUCUGGUCAAGAAUGGCGAGUCCAUCGCCUCUUUCUUCCAGUUUUUUGGGGGGUGGCCCAAACCAGCCUCGCUCUCCGGGGGCGCCAUGGUAAGGCUGGAGCCAGAGGACCAGGUGUGGGUGCAGGUGGGUGUGGGUGAUUACAUUGGCAUCUAUGCCAGCAUCAAGACAGACAGCACCUUCUCGGGGUUUCUGGUGUAUUCUGACUGGCACAACUCCCCUGUCUUUGCUUGACACCCACUGGAAAGUGAGCUCAAGCUCUCUCACUCCUGGCAAGGAGGGUAUGACACUGACAGCCACAUCAUCUGGGAGGGCUGGCCCCCCCCUUGGGAUGUUGUGAAGGACUCCUUCCUGCUGCUGGCAGAGAACGGGGACAGAGGCUGUCUGAGAUCAGGGCUGGCAGUGUGGUGCAUUGGCUGGAUUUCUGCCCAAAACCAAAGGAGCGCUCUGUGCUGGCAGGUGUGGGUCCCCCAGUUGCUCUGGCCCAGGACCCCAGAGGUGGGGUGCCCUCUUCCUGGUGCGCUGCUUCUCUGGGUUCUCCCUUGUCCCUCCUAUGCCUGGACCCUUUUCUCAGAGAUUAUUCAAUAAGUCAAAUAAAACAAAACAAAAACAAC